AUGGCCACUUACGCCGGUGCUAUCUUGUGGUCUCAAUUCCGAACCCAUCUUUUCUCUAUCCAGGUCACACGAACUCGGGCACGUUUGAUUCGUUGGGACAGAGAGGGAGCCGUCGUCACUUCCUCAUUCACUUUCGCAGAAGAGCCGUACCUGGUUGAGUUUGUGAAACGGUAUGGUGAUGCUGUACCGGAGGACCGUGGCCAUGGCCGGUGCGUGGAGGAAGUGGAGGAUGCUGCUGUUGUGAACAAGGUCCGCGAAGCACUUCAAGGCCAUCUCAACUUAACGGGCAGGGUGUACCAGUUCACCUUCCCCAACGAGCGGGAUCGCAACUCGCCAGCUAUCUAUUAUGGAAUUGCGGUCCCCUCAAAGGGUACUGCAUGUCCUACCGGUAGAUCUACUCGAGGAUUUAUCGUCGUCGAUGUCAAGGCUAUCUAA